AUGAGUCUAAUAACCCUCUUUAAGGCUGGUAUGCUGCCUAUCUGCGCAAUCAUUAUUUCGCUUGCACCCUUUACAACUUUCAGCCAACCUCAGACGUUACAAAAUUACAAUAAUACCUCAACCAACGCAAUUAUAUACACACCGUUCGUCAAGGACUCGAUGAUGAACACAAAUGUAUCCGUUGCUAAUUCCUACAUGUCGAGUGAAAGCGACACGUCCAUCCUCUUAUACCAUCAGAAUGCUGACGAUCAAGGAGCCGAUCAAGCAAUUUCAUCAUCCGGAAUACAAGCCAAGCCUAAAUCAUGGAUACUACCAAAGAGAGCUUGGGUUGAAACAAAACGAGUGAAAGAACAAGAAAGCGAUGCCAUGUGGGACAUUGUAACACGCAAAGAAAAUGGUACUGUAUAA